GGUAUGCCCGUAGCAGACCCUAGCCUCCCUUCCCCCAUCAUCAUCAUCUAUGUGUUCUUCUUCUUCUUCUUCAUAAUAACAAAACAUCAACGAAAAUAAAAUUCUCAGAACCUUUUUUUGUUUUGUCAUAUUAAAAAAAUAAAAAUAAAAAUCUCUCGAUCAGCCAUGGCUUCGCAAGCUAGCCUUCUCCUUCAGAAACAACUCAAAGAUCUCUGUAAGCAUCCUGUAGAUGGAUUCUCAGCUGGUCUCGUUGAUGACAAGAAUAUAUUCGAAUGGAGCGUUACCAUUAUCGGACCUCCUGAUACUCUCUAUGAAGGAGGAUUCUUUAACGCAAUCAUGACCUUCCCUCAAAACUAUCCCAAUAGCCCGCCUACAGUGAGGUUUACUUCGGAUAUGUGGCAUCCUAACGUUUAUUCUGAUGGUCGUGUUUGCAUAUCUAUUCUUCAUCCUCCUGGUGAUGAUCCUAGCGGUUAUGAGCUUGCAAGCGAGCGUUGGACCCCUGUUCAUACUGUUGAAAGUAUUAUGUUGAGUAUCAUAUCAAUGCUUUCUGGUCCUAAUGAUGAGUCUCCAGCUAACGUUGAAGCUGCUAAAGAAUGGAGAGACAAGAGAGACGAGUUCAAGAAGAAAGUGAGCCGCUGUGUCAGAAAGUCUCAAGAAAUGUUUUGAAUCAGCUUCAAAACUGUCCACAAAGGCAAAACUUGUUAUAACUCGGUUUACAUCUCUUUUUUGUCACGUUCGAGAACUAGAGCGUUCUGAAAAGUGUUUGGUUGAGAAAAAAAGUGUUGUUCUUGAGAAACUGGCAUUAAAAUUAUAAAUUUCAUUCGUUUAGAACUCUGGCUUCGUUGCU